GAGAGAGAAUGAGAGGGGAAGGGUUAAAGAAAUAGAGAAAGGGAAUCACAAAUAUUUUUCCACACUUGCGACAUUAUCAACUUUGUCUUUUUACCGAGAAUGACUUGAGAAAUGAAUAAUGGAUAGUAGGUUUAUCAUUCUCCAACAUUAUAUUUUGUAAUAAACGUCAAUUACUUACAUUUUCACUGUUGCUGUUCUAGAAUGCAAAAGAGUGAUCGACAUGAGAAUUCAGAGAUAAACUGAAACAAAAUAAACAUUAUAGCCCUGGGAAAUGGGGGUGCUCUGUGUGUCAUUUACCAUAAGUAGCACCCCCUGGAAAUGUGAUAGGUAUGAUAAGCAAUGGAAAUCAACUCAAAAUUAUUUUAUUUCGAAGUGAACCCCCUUUUUUCUUGUCAAACGUUUCAAAAUCAGCACCCUCGAUUUAAAAGUCAUUCCCAUGGCCCUGAAAAUAAAACCUGACCGUCCUUAUUCUCGGAAGCAUAAACGGGAAAUAUGGACGGAAGUUAGUCAUUUAUAACAAAGACCUUGCCAUUCUUUCUCAUCCUGCUGUCUAUAAAGUUCUGGAUUUGUAUCACAAACAACUACUCAACAGAUGAAAGCUGCAAAAAUCACUCUGGUGAAAAUUACCAAUUAAAAUGGAUCCCAUUCUGCCUGAUGGUGUAGUUAGUCUCCUCGCUGAUUCUGUCUCAGUUACAACAUGUCUUGUGCUAAUCUUCUCCUCCAUUGUCAUAACUUGGUAUUGGAUCAAUAGAAAAUCAGAGAGUGGCAACUUUGAAGGGCGUCCGUUGCCUGGACCAUGGGGCAUCCCUGUCUUUGGGAACUUGUUCUCCUUCGACCAAAGGAAUCCACACCUUUCCUUGAUAAAACUGGCCAAAGUCUACGGAAACAUUUGUAAGAUUCGGUUGGGUAGCAAGCCAGUACUUGUAUUGAACGGACGAAAGGCGAUUUAUAAUGCAUUUGCAAAACAAGCAGUCGUAUUUUCUGGUCGCCCUAACCUGUUUAAUUUUAAAGCUAUUAAUAGAGCUACCAGCUAUGGGCCCACCGUCAGUUUUACGACAUACAGCGAGGAGUGGAAAGACCAUCGUAGAAUUGUAGAAACAACCCUUCACAAGUUUACUACAGGAGGUCAGGUAUCAUUCCUUGAAAAGGUCACGCAACGAGAGGUUGAAGAGCUGAUCAGGUACCUGACAGUUUCUAAACAUGAGACAACUGCAGACAUUCCAUGUCUAAUUCGUAUAUCUCUCAGUAAUAUCAUGCUUUGGUUUAUGUUUAAGAAGCGUGCUGCUUACAACGACAAGAAGUAUAUAGAAUUUAUGAGGUUUUUUGAUGAAUUUAUGAAGGAAACCGGAAGUGCAAAACUCAUAGACUAUCUCCCUUGGCUUAGAUUUCUUCCUUUCAAACCAUCCACAGUAUUUUUAGAAGCGUUGAAGAGGUUCAACCAAGGCACACGUGGACUCAUCAAUGAACAGCAUGAACUAUAUGAUCAGAAAUCACUUAAGUAUCUUAUGGAGGAAGUACAAACCACCCACCAGGAUACUGACGAUAACGAUUUUAAAUGCAUGGAUAUUUCGGGACCACAAGCUCUUCAGAAUGCGUUCGAAUUAUUUGGAGCAGGAUAUACAUCUACAGCGACAAUCAUGGAGUGGGCCAUGGUUUACAUGGCUCUGUUCCCAGAAGAUCAAUCUGAUAUUCAACGCGAGAUAGAUAGAGUAUUAGGUCGUGACCGUUUGCCAAGCAUGGACGACGUUGACAAGCUUCCAUUGACGCAGUCCUGUAUUCUUGAAGUUUUGAGGAUCCGAGGAGAUGGACCUUUGACCAUUCCUCAUAGCACAACCAAGGAUACUAUUCUUGAUGGCUACUUUGUUCCUAAGGACAUGCUAGUUUUUUUUAAUCUUCAUUCAGCUCAUCAUGACCCAGAGGUUUGGGACAAGCCAGACGUAUUUAACCCUCGACGUUUCCUGUCGCAGGAUGGAACAUUGGACAAGGAGAAAGAGAAUCUUUUGAUAGCUUUCGGUCUAGGUCGGAGACAGUGUAUUGGAUCAAGCUUGGGACGACUGUCUCUGUUUAUAUAUUUCACGACGUUCUUACAAAAAUUAAGACUUACUCGACAUGAAGAUGAAGAAAUCAAUAUGGGUUAUGAGUAUGGGCUCAACUUACGCCCGGUGAAUUUCAACGUACACAUUGAAUCCCGAUAGGCCUUUAUCAGGCUUUCACUCUCCUGUAAAAUCGUGUGCUAACUGCUUUGUACUCACGUCAAAUCUUGUAUGGGCAGUGGCAGUUGGCUUGUUUAUCUUAUGAUUAUUCUAAUAAUUGCAUGAUCUUGGAAAAACUUUAAACCAUGCCAGUUUUUUGUCAAACUAUGAUUGUUUUAAUGAUGCAACUUGAAUCAUUAGCCAGGUUAGUAGGAAUAUGGUAUAUACGUUACGUGUUUGCUUUAAAGUUAUAUUCUUUCAUUGAAAGUAAGGGCAUUAUAAAAUGUCUUACACCAAUAAAGUCUAUGACCAUUUUACAUCUGGUCUAUUUCCUCUGUAUCAUGUAUUUUAUCUAUUUUACUUUGGCCAGUUCUUGGACAUGAAAGCUGCUUUUUCGUAAUGUUAACAUAAUUGUUACAGACUUCUCAUAUUCAUGGCCUCCAAUAUUAUCUGACAUACUGACAUUUAUUUGGUCUUCAUCAUAAAGCUAGUUCAGCAUGUCUCCAAGAAAUUUGAGGCCUUAAAAUAACCACUGCAUCAUUCUGCAUGAAUUUACAUAAUUCUUUUCUUUAUUUUUUUGUUCAAGGGAAUCCUUAAUCUUAAUUAUGUUAACCAAAUGUUUUCCCGGUGUUAUCAGUUAUUUUAAUUAGAGGUUUUACUUAUCAAGUCGUUUUUAUAUUUAUAUUCUCUCCAUUGUACGCUUCUUUGUUUUCAUCAUUUUUAUUGUAUCUGAAUUGUUAUAACUACAUGUAUGAUAUACCCAAACGGUGUAAACUUAAAUCUGAAUAAAACAAACAAUAUUAAAGUGUUAGAAAUGAGGGA